GCCCGUGGCACCUAAUGACGUUGUCGACGUGUGACGUUCCUGUGUUACGUUCUCGUAGUCAACACAACGGUAUAGCUAUAGGAUACCAUAUACAUACCAAUACCAUACAGCAGACAGCAACACCAGUACCAGAUAUCAGACACAGACACCGUAGCAGUAGCUCCCACUGAAAUAAAAAAUAUAACUGGUGUUUAACGACGUGUGUGAGUUAAUUACUGGAGUAUAAUAAAAAUAAUUGUCACUUUUUGUUUAUUUAAUUAUGGGUUAGUGUACAAUGACAAUGUGGGGGAUCCCCGUGGUCCUUAAAUAAGACCAUUGAUUGGCGCGAGUCAAUUUAUUUUCGUGUAUAAUAAAAAUAAUAAUAAUAAUAAUAACAAUAAUAUUUAAUUACAUAAUUUAUUAGUAAUAAUAAUAAUGGUGUGAUUGAAGAAAAUAAUAACCAGUAGUGUAGCAAUUGAUGAAUAUAAAUUAAUAAUAACAAUAAUAAUAAUAAUAAUUAUUAUUAUUAGACCACCACGGGUGUUUGUCUCCUCGUGCCCUGAAGCAAAAUGGCUGCUUGUGAACAUAUGACAAUAAAUAAUAAUAAUAAUAAUAAUAAUAGUAAUUUGAUGACAGUUAUCAAGACUAGUGUAAACAUAAGUUUUGUUGUUGCUAACAGCUGCAUUGUCGGUAAUAAAAGUUUUAUUAAUAAAAACAGGAUCAUCAGUAGCGGCAGUAGAAGCAGAACUAGACGCAGCUCUUGGUUGACAACGGGCCGCUAUUUAAAGCGGUUCUGUCGGCAACACUGACUUACGGGGCACUGCCGAGGGUGGCGGGCAAACAGAGACAAGAGAGGCUGCCCAGAGGCAGGCCACCACACCGAGGGUCAUUUUCUGAUAACGAAACUCACGAGGAGAACGGCACCACGUCGUGGAGCGAUGAUAAUCCGCGGUCAACGAGUAUGGCCAUGCACGCCACCGCUACCAGCACGACCGCCACCACCACCGUCAACAAGUUGUUCCCUAGAUGGCAAUGCUCCGUCUGUGCAGUCUACACGAAUCAUGUUGCUCUGAAUGACAGCAACGACAAUAACCACGACGGCGAGCAGGAGGACUACGAGCAGCACGACAACAGCGAGCCCGACGACGACGACAACAAUCAUCCUCGGGAGUAUUGUUCUGACGGGAAAAAUCAGGAGAUAAUUUGCCCUGGCUGCGGUAAAUCCUCGCCACCGCUUCAAGCGGCGGCGUUGGUUGGACGAGACGACAGCUCGCCGUUGGUGGUGGCCACUUUGUCACCUGACACCCCGACCCCGACCUCUAUCUCCUUGUCCUUGUCCUCAUCACCGUCCUCGCCUACCGCGGCCUCUGAAUCACCGCCUACUCCACCGCCAAGACAAACUUCUACUGGAGAUCUGCCAGCGCCUUCACCGCCGACCUCGUCGUUGCCUAGAGACAUCACCUCCGAUGACGUUAACGGUGUCAACAAUAAAAACAACGAACGUAAUUCUUUAACCCGCGGCAGCAAGACAAACCCGGUGGCGGACAUAACGAGUCGCGCAAGACGAAAUUCUUGGCCGUGUGUGAACCAUUACCGAGAGAACCCGAAACGCUCGCCUUCGUUGCCGCUGCUGGUCACUCGGUGGACGUGUAUCCGUUGUCUCCAGGGUAAUUGUUGCAGCGCACCGUCUCCUGUUUGCACGGCGUGUGGAGCCAGUUCUACUAUUGCACAGACUAAUGGAAAUUUAAUUGGCGUGAGACGUGGCAAGCGACUGAAAGCACUGAAACUCAGUAAUAAACAAGAGCCACGUGGUGACAUAGUUGCCACUGUGGCUGCUGGACUGGUGGCACGGAUACUUGAUGUAGGCUGCGCGAAUCUCGGGACCUCGGCAGUACUGGACCGAGACGAGGGGAUGGCGCAGCUGAGUGGAUUCACUAGAGGCGACAGGUCACAGUCUAAUCGUGAGAAUUGGACUCUCCCGCCUGUUGAAACAAUGGAUCCAUCAACAAUCCACGGGACUCUGUCGUAUGGCGACACAGCGGCACCAGACACUUCACAACGAUCUCCAAAACGUCACAGCCCUUCAGUUUAUGAACGUGUCAAGUCUAAAGUAAGUCGUUCACUGUCCAACGGUUCGGUUGUACAGCAAAAGUUACCUGAUCACGGAAUCCAACGACCGACAAGUCUGAUUGUCGCUGAAGCUCAUCAAGAUGACGCUCUGUGGAGUUGUGACAACUGUACCCUAGACAAUGCACCAGAUUUAGAGCAGUGCGAGGCAUGCGAAGCACCAAGAAGUCCAACACCCUGCAGUGGCGUCGUAAUCAGCGUACCCUCAUGGGAAUCACGGCCUCUGUCAUCAGCAGGUCCUCUGUCCUACCGCAGAUCUUUCUCGGAGAUAGACGCUGUUACAAAUGCAACGCAAAAGAAAGUCGUUAAUCGUCGUAGCCUAAAUGACGAUGAGCCACCAGCAGUCCCACCGCACUCAGUAGGUUUUAAUUCCCGGCCUAAGUACUCUUACAUCGGAAUAACUGACCCUGAUGCUCCGCCACCGUUGCCGAAGAAACAGAGCAGCAAGAUGGGAUUAGCUGUGGUCUCGCAACGCGCUCGGAGCGAAUCCACUAGUCCCGUGGAUACUCCAGGAUCAAGUCCGCUCAGACGUAUGUGGACCUGUCGCAAGUGCUCUUACGCUUACAACCCGCUCUGGUCAAUCGGUUGUGAUAUCUGUAGCUCAUCGCGAACUCCCCCGUCUUUGCUGCAGCCCAGUUUAAUUACCGUGACCAAGGAUACGCUUAAUUGUCGCCCUCACAUUCCGCAGUCGCCGAUCGUCGUGUCGCGUGACAGUGUUAGAUACAUACCAAAAGCAACCCUGGCUACCGCCGAGUCGGACUUUGAUGAUUCCUCGAUUGAAUCAUCCCCAUUGCCGUUACCUGGACCCGCCUGGACGUGUAAAAAGUGUACCCUGGUAAAUCCCGCCUCGAGAGCGACCUGCGAAGCUUGCGGUGGGUCAAAGUUACGCAGCGUCACUCACAUCGAGGAUCCAACUUUAAGAAAAGGCGAGAGCUGGGUCUGCCCAUCCUGCACACUCAGGAAUCCUCUCACUGCCCAAAAUUGCAAUGCCUGCAAGACACUCGCUGAUUUUUUGGAAUUACCACGGGACAAUCGGGUCGCGGGUCAACGGAGUCCCAGUCCGCGACUGUCCAGUGGUAGUGGCAGUGGCAGUGGCAGUGGUAGUAGCAGCGGAAGCGGGUUAGCGAGCAACAUCAGCAGAAUAUCCACACCUAGACACAGAAAUUCGGUGAGAAGAAAUGGCCCGAGCAUCCAGAGCGACAAGCGACACUCGAAGAUCAAAGAAUCGACUGUUGCUCAGUGGCACUGUAAGUUGUGUACGUUUGAAAAUAAAAGCACCAACGGUGUAUGCGAAAUGUGCCAAAGCUCAAAGUCGUUGUCGCAAACUCCUGGUAAUAUACCGCGUUUCAGUGAACCUGGUGUCAGUACGCUGAGAAUACAGCGCCAGGAAAGUGUUGUGAUGGAAAACUUGAGACAUAUUGAGGAAAGAGAAGCCUUAGAAAAGUGGGAACGGAUUGUGCGUUAUUGUAAAGAGACAAACGAACCAUUUGUUGACGAUUCAUUCCCACCAGCACCUAAAUCAUUGUACUAUAACCCGCUGGACACUAAAGAUAAUCACGUGGUACAGUGGAGAAGGCCACACCAGAUAAACGUCGACUCUAGCGUCGAUUCAAAACUGCCUUGGGCCGUAUUCAGAACUCCACUACCUUCGGAUAUAUCACAAGGUGUCUUGGGAAAUUGCUGGCUGCUGUCGGCGCUGGCCGUUCUCGCGGAGAGUGACGAGCUGGUGAGACGCGUGUUGGUGAUGCGCGAAACCUGUCCCGAGGGCGCUUAUCAGGUCAGACUGUGCAAGGACGGCAAGUGGACUACAGUCCUCGUCGACGAUCUCUUGCCUUGCGACAAAAGAGGACAUCUAGUUUACUCCCAGGCGAAAAGAAAACAGCUGUGGGUCCCGUUGAUAGAAAAAGCCGUCGCGAAAAUCCACGGAUGCUACGAGGCCUUGGUGUCUGGACGAGCUAUCGAAGGACUGGCGACGCUCACCGGGGCGCCGUGCGAAAGUGUACCUCUACAACCUUCCGCACUGCCCAGCGAGGACGAGCUCGACAAAGAUUUAAUAUGGGCGCAGCUGUUGUCGUCAAGACAGGCGAUGUUUCUGAUGGGCGCGAGCUGCGGUGGCGGCAACAUGAAAGUCGACGAGGAAGAGUAUCAGCGGCGAGGGCUGCGACCACGACAUGCGUACUCGGUCCUCGAUGUCAGAGACGUCCAGGGGAUCAGACUCUUGCGUUUACGCAACCCCUGGGGCCACUACAGUUGGAAAGGCGACUGGUCCGACGACAGCCCGGUCUGGACACCGCAAAUGCGUGAAAUGUUGAUGCCACAUGGUGCUUCUGAUGGUGUCUUUUGGAUUUCUUUUGAUGAUGUCCUCAAAUACUUUGACUGCAUUGACAUUUGCAAAACACGUGUUGGUUGGAGCGAAGUUAGAUUACGUGGUACUUUACCACCACUUUCGUCAUUGAGACAUUUGUCAUGUGUGCUGCUGACUGUACUUGAACCCACGGAAACGGAGUUCACGUUAUUCCAAGAAGGCCAACGGAAUUCGGAAAAAUCACAACGUUCCCAGUUAGACCUCUGUGUUGUUGUCUUUCGUACAAGAUCUCCAGCAGCACCGCAAGUUGGUAGACUAGUAGAGCACAGCAAACGUCAAGUCCGCGGAUUCGUCGGCUGUCACAAGAUGCUGGAGCGAGAUUUGUACAUUGUCGUUUGUCUGGCAUUCAACCACUGGCACACGGGCAUGGAGGACACGUCAAGUUACCCUGAGUAUGUCCUGGCUAUCCACAGUUCCAAGCGACUUUUAGUCGAGCAAAUAUCACCGCCAGCAUUCGUGCUCGCGGAUGCGAUCAUCAGUUUAACUUUAGCCAAAGGACAGCGGCAUGAAGGAAGAGAAGGUAUGACUGCUUAUUAUCUAACCAAAGGCUGGGCUGGUCUCGUUGUCAUGGUAGAAAAUCGUCAUGUUAACAAAUGGAUCCACGUUAAAUGUGACUGUCAUGAAAGUUACAAUGUCGUGUCAACAAGAGGACAAUUGAGAACUGCUGACAGUGUACCCCCUCUCCAUAGGCAAGUUAUCAUAGUGCUGACGCAAUUAGAAGGAAGCGGCGGAUUUUCAAUAGCUCACCGUUUGACCCACCGACUUGCCAACAGUGGAAAUUUACACGACUGGGGUCCACCCGAUACCCAACAUUGCCCGCAAAUAGACACCCAAGUUGAAGGUCUACACAGCCCUCGAUUAAUAACGUGAACAUGAUCCUAUCCUAUGUAUUUUAAUCAUCGAAAUUAUCAAUGAUUAAGUUAAUUACCCGGUCAACAAGUUUCAAAAAUAAACAAACAAAUGGACAAGGUAAUUUAUUAUUUAAUUAACAACCAUGACAAAGUUACUUGUGAUUAAAAUUUAUAAGAAAAAAAAAAUAAAUAAAAAUUGUCAUGGUUUUUUUUUAUUGUGAUAAAAAAAUGCAUAAUUAUCGUGACAGUGAAAAAAAUAAAACUGAGACAUUGAUGCACGAUAUAAUAAUGAAUAUAUGUGAAAACGUGGAUACUAGAUUUAAAUUAUUUGUUUUAGAAAUAAAAUAAAAUAAAAUAAAAAUCGACAAUUGAUACUCAAAAUAUUAUCUGAUAAAAAAAAAUAAGUGAACACUCUGCUUGCUAAUAUACGAAAAAAACUAAAAUAAGAAUAAUUAUUUUCUCAACAUAAUUAUUAAGUAUCGUACGUAUAAGAUAUUUAGAUGUGUGAGAGAUAUACUACAUACAUAUACACAUAUAUAUGCAUACAAAUAUAAAUGUGUUAUUUUGUACGUAAAUUAUUUUGAAAUUUAUUAUUUUUUUCUUCUAACAAGUCAUGCGUCAGAAUUAUCUCGAACUCAUUAUUAAAUACAUUACGCCUUAACCGAAAAAAAACAAUAUAAAUUAAUAAAAAUUUGUUCAUAUAUAUUAUAAUAAUAAACGGAUUAACAAGAGUGCAUUUAACUACAUACUCUCACGAUACCAAAGAUACUUAAGUGAAAAACAAAUAAAAUAAUUAAUUACACGGUGUUCGAUCAUUAUUUUUAUUUUUCGUGCUAAUUAAGUAACAUGCGAGACUGGUUUAUUUGAUAUUAUUAUUUUAAUUAUAUAUGUAUGGCUAUUUCAUAAGUCAAUCAUGUUUUGGUGUUUAUGAUAAUGCGUGCUUGUCGAUUCUCACUACUCUAGAUAAGGGCAUUCUCAGAGAGUGCCCCCCACUUUUUUAAAAAUUUUUAGUGACUCAUAAGAGAAUCAAAAUUUUAUCGAUCAAUUAAAAAGAAUUAAAAGAUCAAUUGAAAGAGAAAAUUCUACUGAGAUAUUGAUUUUUAAAAAAAUUCACAGUCGUUA